CUUCACUAUGGUUUUGAACAAUUGGGGAAUCUCCUCAUAAAACUCAUCUGUUGAGUGGCAAAAUUUGGAAAACGAGUUAAUAUUUAAAAUCGUCCCUGAAAGAUACCUCGGUCUCCAUAUGAGUCCCUGAAUGAUAAAUUUAAUCAAAAUCAUCUCCGAAAGGUGUCGAGCAUAACCACGUUAGUCCUUCCGUCAAAUCGUCUGCUGAGCUGGCUAACGUCGGGUGACGUGUACCGUGAAGUGCCUGGGUGGCUGAGGUCUACGUGUACCAUGGGGUUGCUGACAAGGUAAGUUCGUUUAAAGAAAUCAAAUCAGUCCCUCAAUUUGAUGAACCCUAAUCCUAAGUGCGAUGAUAAAUAAGUCGCAUUCUGAAAUUGUUGGAUGGCUGGGAGGAUGGAGACGGGAAAUGGAUGUCGUAGUGGUGGGAUAUCUCUUCGGUCACACGAGAGUAACGGUUCCAGUGCUUCGAUGCGAAUGAGGAGGAAAAGUCAUGAGGAAGCAUGUUUCUGCGGGUUGAAGGCUGUGAUAAAAAAAUCUGGGACAGCAGAGAACCCACACAGAUUAUUCUACGCAUGUUCAAGGUACCGGAAGGACAAUCACUGUAAUUACUUUAAGUGGGUUGAUGGUAAUGACUGUGAAGCAGUGGUUGAAGCAGGUGCUAAGGAAGAUUCCAAAACUGAAGGAGGGUGAAGAAGGAGGCAUGGAGAAUAGAUAACUUGGAAGCUGAAGUUAGAUAUUUGAA